AUGGCGCAGUCUAGCAGCUCUGCAGAGUGUGAGCUGCCGGUAGAGAUUCUAACACUCUCACAGUACAAGGUUAAGUUUGGCGCUUCACAAGGUAAUGGCGAGCCGACUGUGUACGAUGCUUCUUCAGAACGAUACCCCAACGAUGACUGGUACGCGCUUGAGCACGAUAAGAUCAACAGUGGCAUUCAUGACCUGUGCCUGCCUCUUCUUCGAGCAGUGCGCAAACAUUCUUCCAACGAUGUCGAGGUCUCCAAUCUGAAUGCUACAGUGCAGACAGCCAACAUCAUUCCACGCGGUCAGCAAUUCUACGUCGCUUUCCUAGGUGAACAGGGUACCGGAAAGAGUUCGCUUAUCAAUUCAAUCCUGGACCGCGACAUCGUCUUCGUUUCUCCAUCAUCGUCCGCAUGCACUGCAUACCCAACGUUCAUCACACACAAAGUCGGCGCCAGCGACGACACGAAGGAAUCAGAUAUCCGUGUCCAGUACUUCAGCGAAGAAGAGAUCAGAGAAUGUUCUCAGGAACAGGCACGCCGGUAUCGAGAAGCGUUUCCCUGUAAGCAUCGUGACGCGCCGGAUCAUGAUGUUCAAGCCCUUCUGGAAAUCGGAAUGGAAGAAGAUCUCAGUGACGGCGAGGACGAUGAAGUUCCGAUAUCUACAUCUACUGCCGACGAUCCAUGUCGCAAGAGUAUACGCCCUUCAAUCUUACGCGGCGCAAAAACUGCGAUGUCUUUCUUCAACAUCAUUUUCCAAACCGAGCAUAACAAGGAACAGGAAUCUUUCCUGCAAGAUCAACUCGACUACAUGGACAUCGAGGAUGGUGUUUUUGCAGAUCUAUGCGUAGUAAGGGCUCGAUCUCAGCUGAGCGAACGCAAUCUUGGCGGUGGGUUUGCGGUGUCUGAUACGAUCAAAGACGAGAUACUGCCCGAAUUUCAAGAAAUUAUUGAUAAGGUCUGGCCACUCAUCAAAUCAGUGCGUAUUGAGACUGGACAUGUUCUUCUGAGGAACAAUGUGUGCUUGCUAGAUCUUCCUGGAUAUGGCGAUGACAACCACAUUCGCACGGCAACAAUUGACAAAUUCCGCCUGAUGGCUCACUUCGAAAUUGUCGUCGCACCGACUUCGAGAGUCGUGUCAAGCGUAGUGCAGGAGCGCUAUCUCAGCCGAUCCAUUCGUCGUCUUGGGGCACGAAAUACACUUUUAGUCACAAACAAGUCAGAUCAAUUGCUUGACAAUUUGGAAAAGCAGAUCAACAAGCUCGAGGAGGCACCAUUUCCACUCUUCAAACAAUAUCUGGCCAACAUUAAAGUUCACGCCAGACAGGGCACUGAGAAUAAAUGUCUUCUUGUUGACUACAGGGACUAUCUACUGAAGGAGGCCCGAAUGGCUUACAUUCAGCGGGAAAAAGAUAUUGUUAGCCUGCAGUUACAAGAUAGGGGCGUCGAUAUACUGUCCGUAUCUGCACGACAGUACAGUAUCUGCACAGACGCGGAGCAGGACGAUGAGAAACCCAAACUCACACCCGCAGCGACUGGUAUACCGCAGCUGCGCCGCUAUCUCUUCCAUUUGCCAGCUCAGACAAACUAUCGGACGCUACAUUAUCAUGUCUUCGAAACUCUUCCAGACAUCGUCCGACAAAUUCAGCGCAUUCUCGAGAAAUUUGGCGACGAUGAGGGCUACGCACAGAUGCGCGAGUAUUUGACAGAACGACUGCUGCAAGUACACUCCAGCAUCAGAAUGCUUGCUACAUCUCUUCCCACCGAACGUGUAAGCCAGCCAUUCAUCGAAGGAGGGGUUAAGUCCCGCAUCAACACCGGCCUGAAGGCUGUUGUUCAGACCUUGGCGAGCCCAUUCUUGUACUAUCCAACAUUCUCUAAGAUGCUCAAGGAGAACGGCAUUCCGGUCAAUGGUGCGGGACUAGGCCGUAACUUGAACCAGGAGAUUCUGGACACAAUGGUUGAGUUCAUCCACAGUUGGCGUGACAAAAUGCAGACUGAGACUGAAGACAUCGCCCUGAAACUUGAUGAACCGGUUCAGGCUGUCCUCAACGAUCUCAGGAAUCGCGUUCAGGGCUACGAAGGAGACCCAGAGCUAAAAUCUAGAGCUACAGAGCUGCUCGAUACCACCACCCGCCGAAUUGCUAUGGCCUAUGGCAAGAUGGCAGCUCUGCUUCAAAGUAAGCUACGAGAAGUUCACUUCAUGUUCUCGAACGAGACGAAUGUCAAGUGCCCGAUCGCGCUGGAAAUGAUGGAGAUAUAUCGAAGUGUUCUUCUGCAGCAGCUGAUUCAGCCUGGUCCGGGCUCAUACGCGCGGCAGCGUGCUCACCUAAUCGAGUCUCUCAUUGCGCCCGACUGGCCAAAGCCUCCAUUCUCGGAUGUUAUGGAACAAAAGAUUGCGAACACUCAAGUUGAGUCUUGGAAGGACUGCUGUGAACAGUAUGUUGAAGAAGCCACAGCUCUCUUGCAAGUCUUCGCUCGUUCCAUCGAUGAACUUCUCGACACUGGUGCGCAACUGACUUCUGAUCAUCGGCGCGUGCGAGAGCAGCUGGAGGCUCUACUUCCACAGUUCAAGAAGCAGCUUUACCGGGUUCAAAGCCGAUUUCCCGGAACAGAUACAUCAGGUGCCUUCGUCUCAAAUAAGCGAAAGGCAGGUGGUGAGAGAGCGGCUACGCAACCACCUACUUCAUGGAACGAUGUGAAACGAUCAAAAUCUUCUGUGCAGGCUAUUCGGUACCGAGGCGUGUCCGAACAACAUAUUGGAAAGCUGCGUGAGAGGUUCUUGUCAAACUUACAGCACGAAUCAAACCCGGUAAUCAAGAGAGAGCCCGGUCUCUAAGCCUUGAUCAGAUUCGACCUUUUGCACCCAUGGUGGACUUGUAGUCCCACUUUCUGUCGGAUAGUAAGAUCCGAUACGUGGCUAGACAGACACUUCUUGUUUCCGCCUGCACCAUGCUUCAAGGGCAGGUCAAA